CUCCCGCCAAAUUUUACGUCAAACCGAAUUAUUAUGUCGCUCCUUGAAGAUGUGUUUUUGGAAGAUGAGGCAAACGAGGCCCAGGAGUUAGAGAGAGUCAUUGAAGGCGACGAAUUCGACGAAAGGCCUCGUUCACGAUCUGACAGCGACAGCAACAGUGAACGUGAGGAUGAAGCAGAGGAAGAGAAGAAGCGUGUUGAUCCUGCGUCAACCAAAGCAAGCCGGGUGAUCAAAAACCCAAGGUUCAUAUUAAAUCCGGCUAGACUGACUGGGCCUAGAGGUAUUCAGGUGAUACCUGAGCAUUUCAAGGAUUUCAAAUUUAAAGGUAAAGGCCAUGAAAAGGAGGACUUGGAUUUAGUUUUAAAGAAGUUAGAGCAUUGGGCGUACAGAUUGUAUCCAAAGUUUAAGUUUGAUGACUGCCUGAAGAAAAUUGAGACCCUAGGCAAGAAGAGGCCUGUUAUGGUGCACCUCCAUAAAAUAAGAACAGAUCAGUACCUGUCAGAGGAAACUGUGGUGCAGAGGGACUCGAGUGACGAUGAAGCCCCUAACAAGACCCCCAGCGAGGCCCCACCUGAAGAUGAGUUUGAUAAGCUAUUACAGCAACAGAUAGAGUUGGCGCGAGCCCCGUCUACGCCUGCCUCUGUAAAGAAAGGGCUGGAAAGUGCUGUCAAAGAGAACAGAACAUUAAUGAUGCCAAAAGCGACUUCUUCACCAUCCAUAAGCGAGGAACAACGUGAGAGGAUUCUUAAAAGCAGAAAACUUGCUGAAGAAAGGAGACUUGCUAGACUUAAAAAUGCUUCAAAUAGUAUAAACACUUCUCAAAACCCUGAAAAUAUUGCUAAUGUAUCUCAAACUGUAUCAAAAAGUGAUAAUACUUCUUACAAUCAAACCAAGAUGAGUCAUAACGAAAAUAAUGCAACUAAUAAUGCUAAUACAGUAAAAUAUAACCCUACUCAAAACAUCGAUAAUAUUUCAAAUACAGCAUCCGAGACAGAUAACAUUACUUACACUGGUGAAAAAGCAUUGAGUGAUGAUGAGAUUCAUAAAAUUAAUAGUGUUAAUACCGAAAAUAUAUUUGACAUUGAAGAAAAUCAUGUAGGAAAUGUAAGAAAGGCUAGGACAAACAUUAUUGAUAGUUCUGACGAAGAGGAUGAUGUUGUUUUUAUGAAUGAAUCCAUUAAGGCUGAAGCACAUAAAUUAGGCGAUGUACAUAAAAAGUGUAUCAAUAGUACAAAAGAAGGACCUAAACAAACUUAUGGCAAAAUUAUGGAAAUGCGUGGAAAUUCUAGUAUUAAUGAUCAACAAAAUGAUAGUAGUUCUGACGAAAAUGAUAUUGUUUUAAUGAAUGAAUCUAUCAGAGCUGAUAUAAAUAAAGGGCCUAAACAAAUUGAUAAAAUCGUCAAUCAUGUUAUUUUAGAAAUUGAUGAAAAUUCUGAUAAUAAUCAAGAAAAUGAUGAUAGUUCUGAUGAAGAUGAUGUUGUUUUAAUGAACGAGUCUAUUAGGGUUGAUGUACAUAGAACAGAUAGUGACAAAGACCACACAAAUGGUAUAAAACAGGGCCCUCAACUAACAGCUGGGCAUACAAUCAAUAAUGAUGUAAUUUUAGAAAUCGUUGAAAGUUCCGACGAAAAUCAAUUAGGCGAUGUACAUAAAAAGUGUAUCAAUAGUACAAAAGAAGGACCUAAACAAACUUAUUGCAAAAUUAUGGAAAUGCGUGGAAAUUCUAGUAUUAAUUAUCAACAAAAUGAUAGUAGUUCCGACGAAAAUGAUAUUGCUUUAAUGAGUGAAUCUAUCAGAGCUAAUAUAAAUAAAGGGCCUAACCAAAUUGAUAAAAUCGUCAAUCAUGUUAUUUUAGAAAUUGAUGAAAAUUCUGAUAAAAAUCAAGAAAAUGAUGAUAGUUCUGAUGAAGAUGAUGUUGUUUUGAUGAACGAGUCUAUUAGGGUUGAUGUACAUAGAACAGAUAGUGACAAAGACCACACAAAUGGUAUAAAACGGGGCCCUCAACUAACAGCUGGGCAUACAAUCAACAAUGAUGUAAUUUUAGAAAUCGUUGAAAAUUCCGACGAAAAUGAUCAUUUUGAUAUAAAUAAAAAUAAAAGCCAUACUGAUGUUAGUGAACAAAAAGCUACAUCAAAAGUUGAUGGAAUUAAAAAUAGUAACAGUGCAAGUGAUAAUUUUUUUGAGAUAGACAAUAAUGAAGCAUAUGAUAAUUCAGAUAAUAGUAAUGCUAAAAAUGAUGAAGAAAAUGAUUUAGCAAUGAUUAUAUCAGAAAGCCAUACAAAUGAUAACGAAAAACCUAAUACUGAUGUAGAUAUGGCGAACAAUGAAAAAUCAGCUAAUGUUAGUACUAGUCGAGAAACUCAAAACGAUGAAGAGGUAGAUAGCCGAGGUGCAGUUUUUAAUGAAAAGGCAGUUCUAGUUGAAAAAGUAGUAGAGAAUGCAGUUGUAAAUAAUCUUGAUGAUUUAAUGGAUGUCGAAUUUGAUGAUGAGUUCUAGAAUAAACAUUGUUUUGAAGAUUUAA